AUGGCGGAACCCGUGGACGAGCUCGCUAAGCUCGAGUACCUGUCCCUGGUCUCCAAAGUCUGCACGGAGCUCGACAACCACUUGGGCAUCAACGACAAGGACCUGGCUGAAUUUGUGAUAAACCUCGCAGAGAGAAAUACAACCUUUGAUGCAUUCAAGGCAGCCUUGGUGAAGAAUGGUGCUGAAUUUACAGACUCCCUCAUUAGCAACCUGCUGCGUCUUAUACAGACGAUGAGACCGCCUGCAAAACCUUCCACUAGCAAAGAGGCUGUAAAACCGAAAACCGAAAAAGAAAAGUACAAGGAGUUGUUUCCAGCCCUCUGUAGACCAGACAAUCCCAUUGUCAGGACAAUGCUGGAUGAAGAUGACGUGAAGGUAGCUGCCGAUGCCCUCAAGGAACUUGAAGCUUUGAUGCCAACUGCAGGCAAGCAGGAGAAGCACCGCAGCAGUGACGACCACAAGAGAAGGCGGAGGAGCCGCAGCCGCAGCAGAGGCCGGGACCAAAAGCGGAAGCGGAAGUCGCCCUCUCAUUCCCGGACGAGGGAGCGGAACAAGGGAAAGUCCAGGUAUCGUUCCAGGAGCAGAAGCCCCAGCUGGGACCGCAAGGAGCGGGAGAAGCCUGCAGAGAAGAGCAGCGAGCGAUGGCGGGAUAAGCACGUGGACCGGCCCCCACCGGAGGAGCCUUCCAUCGGGGACAUCUACAACGGCAAAGUCACCAGCAUCAUGCAGUUUGGCUGCUUUGUCCAGCUUGAAGGACUCAGGAAGCGCUGGGAAGGACUUGUCCACAUCUCAGAGCUGCGCCGCGAGGGGCGUGUUGCAAACGUGGCCGACGUGGUGAGCAAAGGGCAGAGGGUCAAAGUCAAAGUUCUGUCCUUCACUGGCUCUAAAACCAGCCUCAGCAUGAAGGAUGUAGAUCAAGACACGGGAGAGGAUUUGAACCCGAACAGACGUCGGAACCUCGUCGGGGAGUCCGAGGAGGCAGCCAUGAGAAACCCAGACAGGCCAACCCACCUGUCCUUGGUCAGCGCUCCAGAGGUAGAGGACGAUACGCUGGAACGGAAGCGCCUCACCCGCAUUUCUGACCCUGAGAAGUGGGAAAUCAAGCAGAUGAUUGCCGCCAACGUGCUUUCCAAGGAGGAGUUCCCUGACUUCGACGAGGAAACGGGGAUCCUGCCAAAGGUUGACGAUGAGGAAGACGAGGACCUGGAAAUCGAACUGGUAGAAGAGGAGCCGCCGUUCCUGCGAGGGCACACGAAGCAGAGCAUGGACAUGAGCCCCAUCAAGAUUGUAAAGAACCCUGACGGCUCCCUGUCACAAGCUGCGAUGAUGCAGAGUGCGCUUGCGAAAGAGAGGCGAGAGCUAAAGCAAGCCCAGAGGGAGGCAGAGAUGGACUCCAUCCCCAUGGGACUCAACAAGCACUGGGUGGAUCCCCUCCCAGACGUGGAUGGGAGACAAAUAGCUGCCAACAUGCGAGGAAUUGGCAUGAUGCCCAAUGACAUCCCAGAGUGGAAGAAACAUGCUUUCGGAGGCAAUAAAGCCUCUUACGGGAAAAAAACUCAGCUGUCAAUCAUUGAGCAGAGGGAAAGUCUCCCAAUUUACCGGCUGAAGGAUCAGCUCAUCCAGGCUGUUCACGAUAACCAGAUUCUGAUAGUCAUCGGGGAGACUGGCUCCGGGAAAACGACACAGAUCACGCAGUACCUUGCUGAGGCUGGCUACACCUCCCGCGGGAAGAUUGGCUGCACCCAGCCUCGCCGAGUGGCUGCCAUGUCCGUGGCCAAGCGGGUAUCGGAGGAGUUUGGCUGCUGCCUGGGACAGGAGGUUGGCUACACCAUCCGGUUUGAGGACUGCACCAGUCCCGAGACGGUGAUCAAGUACAUGACGGAUGGGAUGUUGCUGCGAGAGUGCCUGAUCGACCCGGAUCUGACGCAGUAUGCCAUCAUCAUGUUGGAUGAAGCCCACGAGCGCACCAUACACACCGAUGUGCUGUUUGGUCUCCUGAAAAAGACGGUUCAGAAGAGGCAAGACAUGAAGUUGAUAGUGACGUCGGCCACCUUGGACGCGGUCAAGUUCUCCCAGUACUUCUACGAGGCUCCCAUCUUUACCAUCCCAGGCAGGACGUACCCGGUGGAGAUUCUAUAUACUAAGGAGCCCGAGACAGAUUACCUGGAUGCCAGCCUGAUCACAGUCAUGCAGAUCCACUUGACGGAGCCACCAGGAGACAUCCUGGUGUUUUUGACUGGCCAGGAGGAGAUCGACACGGCCUGUGAGAUCCUUUAUGAGCGGAUGAAAUCCCUGGGUCCCGAUGUCCCUGAGCUGAUCAUCUUGCCCGUCUACUCGGCACUGCCUAGCGAGAUGCAGACACGCAUCUUUGACCCAGCUCCCCCAGGGAGUCGAAAGGUGGUCAUUGCCACGAACAUCGCUGAAACUUCGCUCACAAUUGACGGCAUCUAUUACGUGGUGGACCCCGGGUUUGUGAAGCAGAAAGUAUACAACUCAAAAACAGGAAUUGACCAGCUGGUUGUGACACCUAUUUCUCAGGCCCAAGCUAAGCAGCGGGCUGGGAGGGCUGGGAGAACAGGGCCAGGCAAGUGCUAUCGGCUGUACACGGAGCGGGCCUACCGUGACGAGAUGCUCACCACCAACGUGCCUGAGAUCCAGAGGACCAACUUGGCCAGCACUGUUCUGUCCCUUAAGGCUAUGGGAAUCAACGACCUGCUCUCGUUUGAUUUCAUGGAUGCCCCGCCUAUGGAAACUCUGAUCACCGCAAUGGAGCAGCUGUACACUCUGGGCGCCCUGGAUGACGAGGGGCUGCUCACCCGACUGGGACGCCGGAUGGCCGAGUUCCCCCUGGAGCCCAUGUUGUGCAAGAUGCUCAUCAUGUCGGUGCAUCUGGGAUGCAGCGAGGAAAUGCUCACCAUCGUCUCCAUGCUGUCGGUGCAGAACGUCUUCUACCGACCCAAGGACAAGCAAGCUCUCGCUGACCAGAAGAAAGCCAAGUUUCACCAGACGGAAGGGGACCACCUCACGCUUCUGGCCGUGUACAACUCCUGGAAGAACAACAAGUUCUCCAAUCCCUGGUGCUAUGAGAACUUCAUCCAAGCCCGCUCACUGCGCCGUGCCCAGGAUAUUCGUAAACAGAUGCUGGGCAUCAUGGAUAGGCACAAGCUGGACGUAGUGUCAUGUGGAAAAGCAACCGUACGAGUCCAGAAAGCCAUUUGCAGUGGUUUCUUCCGGAACGCCGCCAAGAAAGAUCCCCAGGAGGGCUACCGGACCUUGAUUGACCAACAGGUCGUCUACAUCCACCCAUCAAGUGCCCUCUUCAACCGCCAGCCUGAAUGGGUGGUAUAUCAUGAGCUGGUGCUCACCACUAAGGAGUAUAUGCGGGAGGUCACCACCAUCGACCCCCGCUGGCUGGUGGAGUUCGCCCCUGCCUUCUUCAAGGUCUCUGACCCCACAAAACUGAGCAAGCAGAAGAAGCAGCAGCGCCUGGAGCCCCUUUACAACCGCUACGAAGAGCCCAAUGCCUGGAGAAUAUCGCGAGCCUUCAGGCGUCGGUGAGCCUUCCUCGUGUGCCAAGAACAAACGGUGGCUGGACACGGCACCAUCACGCAGUCCAGCCUUGGGCAUAUCUGGACAACUUGCUAUGUACGUUUCAAGACUAAAAGGUGUAGGGGGGGGGGGCUGGUGGUGAAAAAUGCCAGCUCUUCAAGGCACCGCCCCCAUCAUGGCUGGUCUCAGAGACACCUUUCUUCACGGGAUAGAGAUUUUCUUUUGUUGCCGUUCCUGCGCUGUGCAAAGGUCUAAAGUUGCCGUGCGGUUUUGGGUUCUACUCUGUUACUGAAAGGCCUCCUUUCUCUGUUGCCCCGAACGGAAACCAAAGAGGGAACACAAAGCUCUUG